CUCCCGCGCCGCGCCGGGGCUGAAUGGCCUUCAGGGACGGCGUCCGCCUGGACGGGUUGGCGGCUGCUGAGCGCCUCGAGCCGCUGUGACUCGCCUUCCCUCAGCCGGAAAGCGUCCGCCUGCGCCCGCGCGGGAGGAGCGGGUCCUCUGAGGGCAGCGGCGACCCCGCCGGCCCGGUCUCUUUCCCUGGCAGCGGCGGCCUCUUCCGUGGGACAAUAUGUUCAAGAGAAUGGCCGAAUUUGGGCCUGACUCCGGGGGGAGAGUGAAGGGAGUAACUAUUGUUAAACCAAUAGUUUAUGGUAAUGUCGCUCGAUAUUUUGGAAAGAAAAGAGAAGAAGAUGGGCACACACAUCAGUGGACGGUGUAUGUAAAGCCAUAUAGAAAUGAGGAUAUGUCGGCAUAUGUGAAGAAAAUCCAAUUUAAAUUGCACGAAAGCUAUGGCAAUCCUUUAAGAGUUGUUACAAAGCCUCCAUAUGAAAUUACCGAAACAGGAUGGGGUGAAUUUGAAAUAAUCAUUAAGAUAUUUUUUAUUGACCCUAAUGAAAGACCUGUAACCCUAUAUCAUUUACUAAAACUGUUUCAAUCAGACACAAAUGCAAUGCUGGGAAAAAAGACAGUGGUUUCAGAGUUCUAUGAUGAAAUGAUAUUUCAAGAUCCAACAGCAAUGAUGCAACAAUUAUUAACAACAUCUCGUCAGCUAACAUUAGGAGCCUAUAAGCAUGAAACAGAAUUUGCAGAACUUGAAGUGAAAACUAGAGAAAAAUUAGAAGCUGCCAAGAAAAAAACAAGCUUUGAAAUUGCAGAGCUGAAGGAGAGAUUAAAAGCAAGUCGUGAAACUAUAAAUUGUUUAAAAAAUGAAAUCAGGAAACUUGAGGAAGAUGAUCAGACAAAAGACAUAUAAAUGGCUUUGACAAGAACUUGCUAAAAAUCAGGUGGACUUUGAUGGAGAAAAGGACUUAAUGAAAAUGCUGUGAUGUUUCUUAGAGGAACUGUGUAUGUAGUUGUUGACAGAUUCUCGGCAAUGGAGUCAAAGUGUUUGUACUGCUCAAGCAAUCUUUAAUGGAAAAUGUGUGUUAAUUGAGGAUCAAUCCUGCAUAGGAUUUUACCAACCCAUUUUAGGGAAAUUCUGUGAUGUUAAGCACAAUUUUUAAAAUAUUUUUAUUUUAGUAUAUGUGUAGGUUAUUGUCCUUUGACAGGUAUCAAAAUUUCAUUAUGAAGAUUAACUUGUACAAAUUUUGUGUGUAUUUCUUUAGUAGUUAGAAUUAGUGGUAAAAUUAGCCUGUGUAUUUAAUUUCUCAAGUUCUUACCUGCCCCCAUGUUACCUGUCUUGUAUAUGGUGUGCCCAGUACAUAGUCAAUAAAUGCAGUUUACAGAUCCUG